AUGCCUUCAAAAAAGGCUGCCUCCAGCGCCGCAGCGCCACCCGCGCAGGCGGCGCCUGCACCAACACACGUCGGAUCGACAGCCAGCGCAGAGGUCGUUGUCCACCCCAAGACCGCUUGGCCACUCCCUAACAUUCCCGCUCACACUAUCGACAACACCCAGAGCCUGCUGCGUUUUGUGAUUCUCGCGUUCAUCACUGGUGCCGCCGUCGCGAGCCGCCUCUUCGCCGUCAUCCGGUUCGAGAGUGUCAUUCACGAGUUUGACCCCUGGUUCAACUACCGCGCGACCAAGGUGCUCGUCAACGAGGGCUUCUACGAGUUCUGGAACUGGUUCGACCCCACAGCAUGGUACCCCCUCGGCCGCACCGUUGGCGGCACCGUGUACCCCGGCCUGAUGGUUACGUCGGGCCUCAUCUGGACGUUCCUUCACAAGAUCAACAUGCCAGUCGACAUUCGCAAUGUGUGCGUGAUGAUCGCGCCGGCGUUCUCGGGUCUCACUGCGCUUGCGACGUACGGUUUUACAACAGAGAUGGCCGAGCCCUCGACGGGCCUGCUCGCCGCGGCGUUCAUAGGCAUCGUGCCGGGCUACAUCUCGCGUUCGGUCGCUGGCUCGUAUGACAACGAGGCUAUUGCCAUCUUCUUGCUUAUGGCCAUUUUCUACUUCUGGAUCAAGGCGCUCAAGACGGGUUCGGCGCUCUGGGGCACCCUCUGCGCUCUCUUCUACGGCUGGAUGGUCGCUGCCUGGGGUGGCUACGUCUUCAUCACCAACAUGAUCCCCCUGCACGUCUUCGUGCUCAUCCUCAUGGGCCGCUACAACAACCGCGCCUACGUCGCCUACACGAGCUGGUACGUUCUCGGCACAGUUGCGUCGAUGCAGGUACCGUUUGUCGAGUUCCUGCCCAUCCGCACGUCCGAAGGCAUGGCAGCACUCGGCAUCUUCGGUCUCCUCCAGCUAAUCGCGUUUGUCGAGACGGUGCGCAAGCUUGUUCCCGGCAAGCAGUUUGAGCUACUCCUCCGUGCGUUCGUUGGCCUCGUUGCCGUUGUCGCGUUCGUCGUCCUCGUUGCUCUUACCUUCUCCGGCUGGAUCGCCCCUUGGACCGGCCGCUUUUACUCGCUCUGGGACACUGGCUACGCCAAGGUCCACAUGCCCAUUAUCGCGUCGGUGUCGGAGCACCAGCCGACCGCGUGGCCCGCAUACUUCUUCGACCUCCAGAUGCUCAUCUGGCUCUUCCCCGCCGGUCUUUUCUGGAUGUUUAAGGAGCUCCGCGACGAGCACGUCUUUGUCAUCGUCUACGCGUUCUUCGCAUCCUACUUCUCCGGCGUCAUGGUCCGCCUCAUGCUCGUCCUCACUCUGGUCGUGUGCGUGUCCGCCGCCAUUGCACUCUCGCGCCUCCUCCAGGCGUUCAUGGACCCCGUACUCCCUGCUGUGGAGGAGGACGAGGCGCCCAAGUCGAAGAAGGCAGCUAAGAAGGCAGCCAACCAGGCACAGCAGCAGGCUCAGACCUUUGAGCUGUCGGGUCUGCUGUCGGGCAAGCGGUCGCGCGGCAUCUUCCACCUCGACUCGCGCUUCUCGGUGAUCGUCACCAUCGGCGUCCUCCUCUUCAUGUUUGUCCACCACUGCACGUACGUGACCUCGACGGCGUACUCGUCGCCAUCGGUUGUCCUGUCGUCGCGCAACAACGACGGCUCGCAGAACAUCAUCGACGACUUCCGCGAGGCCUACUACUGGCUCCGCCAGAACACGGACAAGGACACGGUCAUUGCGUCGUGGUGGGACUACGGCUACCAGAUUGCUGGUAUGGCCGACCGCGUCACCCUUGUCGACAACAACACGUGGAACAACACGCACAUUGCGACCGUCGGCAAGGCCAUGGCCUCGUCCGAGGAGAUUGCAUACCCGAUUCUGCGCAAGCACGACGUCGACUACGUCCUGGUCAUCUUUGGCGGCCUGCUGGGAUACUCUGGAGACGACAUCAACAAGUUCCUCUGGAUGGUGCGCAUCGCCCAAGGCGAGUGGCCCGACGAGGUGCACGAGCCCAACUACUUUACGCCCCGGGGAGAGUAUGCGGUGGACGACCGCGCGUCGCCGACAAUGCGCAACUCGCUCAUGUACAAGAUGUGCUACCACCGCUUCCCGGAGCUGUAUGGCGGCCACCCGGCGCAGGACCGAGUCCGCCACCAGGUCAUCCCGAAGCACGGGACCCACGAGGACCUGAAUGUCAUCGAGGAGGCAUUUACAUCCGAGAACUGGAUUGUGCGCAUCUACGCCGUCAAGAAGGAGGACCCCUUCGGACGUAGCCUGCAGGACGCAACGGCGUUCCAGAAGGGGAGCAGGCCCAAGCCGCGGGCCAAGUCGAUGUAG